AUUAAUUAUAUUGUUUUAUUAUUGUAUAUAUUUUACAAAGUAAAUUUUGCUUUUAAGUUUUUUAUUACUUAUCAUGGCAAAGCAGAACGUUCAUAACUGGUUUUGGUAUAAGCUUUGCAUUUUUAUUUUUUUUUACUUGCGUUCCAAUUAAGCAUCAAUUCUAUGCUUUUUACAGAAGCUCAAAGGCUCAAACCCGACGUUCUGUGAAAGGCAGACAACCCUUUGUUCAGCUCCUCAUCAAUUCCAUCAAUCAAUAUUAACACCCGCUUUGAUCUCUCUGUUCUUCCUCUUCCUCCGAUCAAAUAUCGAAAUCAACAAUGGCUGAUGCACUUGUAUCCACAAUCUUGGAGCAGAUGAUGACAAUCGCUCGUCAUCAGGUAGAACAUGAAGUGAAACUUGUUGUAGGCGUGGAGAAAGAAAUUGAACAUCUCAAAAACAAUUUCCAAGCUAUCCGUGAUGUCCUUGAAGACGCAGAGAGAAAACAGCUGAAGGAUGCUGCUGUAAAACAUUGGCUGAACAACCUCAAAGAUGUGUCUUAUGAUAUGGAUGAUGUGUUGGAUGAGUGGAGUACUGCAGUUCUGAAAUGGGAAAUGGAGGAAGCAGAAAAUGCUUUAGCUCCAAAAUCGGUGGUAUUUUCCUUCCUGCGCUCCUGCUGCUUUUGUUUCCGUCGGGCGGAGCAAGCAGAAAAUGCUUUAGCUCCAAAAUCGGUGGUGUCUUCCUUCCUGUGCUCCUUCUGCUGUAGUUUCCGUCGGGUGGCUCGACGUCAUGAUAUCGCCCAUAAGAUUAUAGAAGUUAGUAAAAAACUGGAAGAUAUAGCCAAACGGAAAGCUAUGUUUGGUUUUGAAUUGCAUGAGGCCAUCGGAAAAGAACCCGACCGGCAAACCACUUCCUUUGUUGAUGUAUCUAGGGUGCACGGACGAGAAGAUGAGAAGAAAAAUGUGAUCAGCAAGUUGUUGUGCGACAGCAGUCAAGAAGGAAGGAAAGUUCAAGUCAUCUCCAUUGUGGGAAUGGGAGGGUUAGGGAAAACAACUCUUGCCCAACUAGCCUACAAUGCUGAUGAGAUUAAGACUUAUUUUGAGAAGAGAAUAUGGGUGUGUGUCUCACAUCCUUUUGAUGAGAACACGGUUGCGAAGGCCAUAAUUGAAGAUCUUAGCGGGGCAGCUCCAAAUUUAGUAGAGCUGGAACCACUUUGUAAAAGAAUUUCUGAAUCUAUCGAGGGAAAGAAGUUCCUUCUUGUACUUGAUGAUGUGUGGGAAGAUAAUCCUAGAAAAUGGGAGCCACUGAAAGAAUCUCUCAAGUGUGGAGCCCCGGGAAGUCGAAUCUUAGUGACUACUCGUAAGGAUACAGUAGCAAAGAUGAUGGAAUCUGAUUAUUCUUUGCUCCUUGGGAAGUUGACGGACGAGGAGUGCUGGUCGGUAUUCAGUCAGGUAGCGUUCUAUGGGAGAAGCCAGGAUGCAUGUGAAAUGUUCACUGAGAUUGGCAGGCAAAUUGUAUAUAGGUGUAAGGGUUUGCCUCUUGCUGCGAAGACACUAGGAGGUCUCAUGCAAUCUAAAACAACUACAGAAGACUGGGACAAUAUUUUAUCUAAUGAACUAUGGGAAAUAGAGGAGGUUGAAAAGGGCAUAUUUCCCCCUUUGCUUCUGAGUUAUUAUGAUUUACCUGUUGCCAUAAGAAGCUGUUUCACAUACUGUGCCAUGUUUCCUAAAGAUCAUGUGAUGGAGAGAGGGAAAUUAAUUAAAAUGUGGAUGGCACAAGGUUACCUCAAGGCAUCACCGAGUAAAGAAAUGGAGCUGGUUGGUAAGGGCUACUUCGAAAUCUUAGCUACGCGUGCUUUCUUCCAGGAUUUUCAAGAAACGGACGAGGACUCUAUAAAGUUCAAGAUGCAUGACAUAGUGCAUGAUUUCGCCCAGUUUUUGAUGAAGGAUGAAUGCUUCACGGUGGAAACUGAUGUUCUGAAGAGACAGAAAACUGAGUCUUUCUAUGAAAGAGCUCGUCAUGCAAUUAUGACAGUUUCCAAUUGGGCACGAUUCCCUCAGUCCAUCUACAACGCAAGAAAACUCCGCAGCCUCCUGAUCAGGUCUUUUAACGAUACCGCAAUCAGCAACCCGCUGCUGGAAUUGCUCCGCAACUUGACGUAUUUGAGGUUAUUUGAUUUGAGUGCAUCUCAGAUUGAAGGAAUUUCAAGUGACGGGGGGAAAUUGUUGCAUCUGAGGUACCUCGAUUUCUCUUACUGUCAAUGGUUAAAGGAACUGCCUGAAACAAUAAGUGAUUUAUAUAAUUUGCAGUCCUUAGAUCUUACUUGGUGUGUUGCUCUAAAGAAAUUACCUCAAAAGAUGAGAAAGCUCAUCAGAUUGAGGCAUUUGGAGAUAUUCGGUUCAGGUGUAGCCUUCCUGCCUAGAGGAAUAGAGGAAUUAACUUCUCUUCGAACAUUAACAAAUUUCAUUGUUAGUGGAGGUGGGGGUCAAAGUGGUGCAGCUAAUCUUGGUGAAUUGGGAAACUUAAGUCACCUUCGAGGGACUCUUUGGAUAGAGAAACUGCUAAAUGUCAGAGAUGUGAACGAAGCCGUGAAAGCCGAAAUCAAGAAGAAGAAGUACCUGAUUGGUUUAUAUCUGCUGUUCAAUGGAGAUGAAACAGAGCUGCGAGUUGACGAGAAUGCUUUAAUUGAAGCUUUGCAACCACCAUCAAACUUGCAAGUUUUAUGCAUAUCUGAAUUCAGAGGGACCUUGUUACCGAACUGGAUCAUGUCGUUAACCAAUUUAAGGGGGCUUGAUAUCUCUCACUGUGGAAGCUUCGAGGUUCUGCCUCCUUUCGGAAGAUUACCAUACCUUGAGAAACUAAAAAUAGGUGUGAAAACAAGAAAGUUGGAUGUUGGAUUUUUAGGAUUAGGACCUGUUAACAAUGGCAGUGAAGGUAUAUCAAAGAAAGGAGAAAACGGAGAAAUGGCGCCGGUUUCUGCUUUCCCGAAGCUGAAAGAACUCUUUAUCUGGAAAAUGGAAGAGUUGGAAGGGUGGGACGGAAUUGGAAUGGGCUUGGGAGAAAAAGAUACAAGGACAGCAAUAAUGCCACAACUUCGAGAAUUAGAAGUCAAGGGCUGUCCCAAGUUGAAAGCACUGCCAGACUAUGUUCUUACAGCACCACUAGUGGAAUUGAGGAUGAAUGAAUGCCCCCUUCUUUCAGAACGUUACGAGGAGGAGAAGGGUGAAGACUGGCACAAGAUUUCUCACAUCUCAGAAAUCGAAAUUAAUUACCAGCGUAGUAAGAGACCACCACGGAACUCUUAGGUUCUGCCGAUGAUACAGAGCAACAGGAAAGUUCUUCUACCCCUCACACUCCUUAAGUGUCGAAGAU